UCUUGUAUUAUUUAGAUGAUUAAUUAUUCAAUUCAAAAACGCUGAUCACUUUCUCUCUCCUCACUUGUGUAGUUUCUCUCUUUCUCUUUCUCUCUCUUUCUUCAUCCUUUGUCUCGUUGUUUCUUCUCAAUCUGCAAGGCGCAUCAACAUUUUCGUUAUUCAGCUUCGUCUUCUUCCGCUUCUUCUUCUUUUCGUCCUUUUAAAGCACACUCUUUUUGCCGUCUUCGACAUGGACGGCGCCAUUCACAUUCGGUUUUAGAAGAGUAAAUUGGGGAUAAGGGUAGGGGACGUUUGAUUGUUCCCUAGAGGCAAAGAAUCUUAGCUUUUUCUUCUUGGUGGGGUAUGUGUCAACUGUGAAAAAGCUGCCUUGAGCUGAAAUCAGGGUAGAAUGACGAAAGGGAGGAUCAGGGCAAGGAUCCGCAGGAGCCACCUUUAUACAUUUGGUUGCCUUCGGCCACAGACCACUGAGGAAGGAGGGCCUCAUCCUCUCCAGCUCCAUGGUCCCGGGUAUUCGCGAACUGUGUAUUGCAACCAGCCACUAAUUCAUGAGAAGAAAUCCCUAUUUUACUGCAACAAUAACAUAUCAACUACCAAGUACAAUGUCCUCACAUUCUUGCCUAAGGCACUCUUUGAGCAAUUCCGAAGGGUGGCUAACAUAUACUUCCUUUUGGCUGCUUGCCUCUCAGCCUCUCCAAUUUCACCUUUCAGCCCUCUGAGCAUGAUUGCUCCUCUGGCAUUUGUUGUGGGUCUUAGUAUGGCGAAGGAAGCAUUGGAGGAUUCCCGCAGGUUCCUUCAGGAUGUCAAGGUUAAUAACCGGAAAGUUAGUGUCCAUAAAAGUAAUGGUGAGUUUGUCCCCAGGUCUUGGCAGAGAGUUAUGGUUGGGGAUGUUGUAAAAGUAGAGAAGGACCAAUUUUUUCCAGCAGACUUGCUUCUACUGUCAUCAAGUUAUGAGGAUGGGAUAUGUUAUGUGGAAACAAUGAAUUUGGACGGCGAAACCAACUUGAAGGUGAAGAGAUCUUUGGAGGCAACCCUGUCUCUGGAUAAUGAUGGAGCCUUUUGGGAUUUCUCAGGAACAAUACAUUGUGAAGACCCAAAUCCCAAUCUCUAUAGCUUUGUUGGCAACUUUGAGUAUGAACGUCAGGUUUAUCCUCUUGAUCCUAGUCAAAUUCUCCUUCGCGAUUCAAAGCUUAGGAAUACUGAUUAUAUCUAUGGGGUGGUCAUUUUCACUGGUCAUGAUAGCAAAGUCAUGCAGAAUUCUACAAAAUCCCCGUCAAAAAGGAGCACAAUAGAGAAAAAGAUGGAUCAUAUAAUAUACACUCUCUUCACCGUCCUCAUAUUGAUUUCAUUUAUUAGUUCAAUAGGAUUUGUUGUGAAGACCAAGUUCCAAGUCCCAAAGUGGUGGUAUCUGCAGCCGGAUAACAUCGAAUACCAGUAUGAUCCUAAGAAGAUUAUGUUGGCUGGGAUGAGCCAUUUGAUUACUGCACUGAUUCUUUAUGGAUAUUUGAUACCUAUCUCACUUUAUGUUUCAAUUGAGAUUGUGAAGGUAUUACAAGCGUCUUUCAUUAACCAAGACAUUCAAAUGUAUGAUGAAGAAACUGGGACACCAGCUGAUGCACGGACAUCAAAUUUAAAUGAAGAAUUGGGUCAGGUAGACACUAUCCUCUCUGAUAAGACUGGAACUUUAACCUGCAAUCAGAUGGACUUUUUGAAGUGCUCCAUUGCUGGUACUUCUUAUGGUGUACGCUCCAGUGAAGUUGAACUUGCUGCUGCAAAGCAGAUGGCUUCUGAUAUGGAGGAGCAGGAUACGGAAUCAGAUCUCUCUAAUUUCCCCAUGAUUAAGGGUAGAGUUCCACGACAAAAUGUUAGAAGAGCAGAAGAAAUUGAACUUGAGACUGUUGUAACUUCCAAAGGAGAUGAGGAUAAAAGGCCUGCAAUAAAGGGGUUUGGUUUUGAAGACAGCCGCCUCAUGAAUGGUAACUGGUUGAAAGAUCCCAAAGCAGAUAUCAUGCUAUUGUUUUUCCGGAUAUUAUCAGUUUGCCAUACUGCCAUUCCUGAGGUGAAUGAGGAGACUGGCAUUUGUACAUAUGAAGCUGAGUCACCCGAUGAAGGGGCUUUUCUUGUAGCAGCAAGAGAAUUUGGUUUUGAGUUUUUUAGAAGAACUCAAUCGACUGUUGUUGUACGUGAAAAGUUUUCUGCCUCAGGAGGAGUGGUUGAAAGGGAGUAUAAAAUAUUGAAUUUGCUAGAUUUUACUAGCAAAAGAAAGCGAAUGUCCGUGAUUGUUCGUGAUGAGGAGGGAAACAUUAUUCUUUUCUGCAAAGGAGCAGACAGCAUUAUAUUUGAUCGAUUGUCAGAGAAUGGAAAAAUGUAUUUGGAGGCUACUACUAGGCACCUUAAUGAAUAUGGAGAAAAUGGUUUGCGAACACUUGCUCUUGCUUACAAAAGGCUUAAUGAGCAAGAGUACACUGAGUGGAACAAUGAGUUUCAUAAAGCCAGGACUGCUGUUGGGACUGACAGAGAGGCAUUGCUUGAGGAGGUAUCGGAUCUUAUGGAAAGGGAGUUGAUUCUUAUUGGUGCAACUGCUGUGGAAGAUAAACUGCAGAAAGGGGUGCCUCAGUGUAUUGAUAAACUUGCUCAAGCUGGUCUCAAGAUCUGGGUAUUGACAGGAGAUAAGAUGGAAACUGCAAUCAACAUUGGUUUUGCUUGUAGUUUGCUUCGACAGGGCAUGAAGCAAAUCUGUAUUACUCUGGAUUCAGAUGCAGUAACCAAUGAUCGCCUAGAGGUGGUCAAGGGCAACAUCUUGAAUCAAAUCACCAAUGCCGCACAAAUGAUAAAUAUGGAGAAGGAUCCCCAUGCUGCAUUUGCAUUAAUUAUUGAUGGGAAAACUCUAACAUAUGCUUUAGAAGAUGACAUGAAGCAUCAGUUUUUGGGAUUAGCUGUUGACUGUGCAUCUGUCAUUUGCUGUCGUGUGUCUCCCAAGCAAAAGGCAUUGGUGACAAGGUUAGUGAAAGAAGGAACUGGAAAGACCACCUUAGCAAUAGGCGAUGGUGCCAAUGAUGUUGGUAUGAUUCAAGAAGCAGAUAUUGGUGUGGGAAUCAGUGGGGUUGAAGGUAUGCAGGCUGUGAUGGCUAGUGACUUUUCUAUUGCUCAAUUUCGGUUCUUGGAGAGGCUUCUGGUUAUCCAUGGACACUGGUGUUACAAGAGAAUUGCACAAAUGAUAUGCUAUUUCUUCUACAAAAAUAUAGCAUUUGGGCUCACCAUAUUCUAUUUUGAGGCCUUUGCGGGAUUCUCUGGUCAAUCGGUUUAUGAUGACUGGUACAUGAUAUUGUUCAAUGUUGUUCUCACAUCAUUGCCUGUCAUCUCACUUGGAGUUUUUGAACAAGAUGUUCCAUCAGAAGUUUGCUUACAGUUUCCUGCACUAUAUCAACAAGGACCCAAAAAUUUGUUCUUUGACUGGUAUAGAAUAUUGGGAUGGAUGGGCAAUGGUCUCUAUUCGUCUCUCAUUAUUUUCUUCCUAGUUAUAAUCAUCUUCUAUGAUCAAGCAUUCCGGAUAAAUGGCCAAACUGCGGAUAUGGCUGCCGUCGGUACAACAAUGUUCACUUGCAUCAUCUGCGCUGUCAACUGUCAGAUUGCGUUGACAAUGAGCCAUUUCACAUGGAUCCAACACCUCUUUGUGUGGGGUAGCAUAGCCACAUGGUACCUCUUUCUCUUGCUAUAUGGCGUGCUUCCUCCGAAAUAUUCCAAGACUGCCUACCAGAUAUUGAUUGAAGUUCUUGCUCCGGCUCCUAUUUAUUGGACAGCAACACUUCUGGUAACAGUUGCAUGCAUUCUUCCUUAUCUUGCCCACAUAUCCUUCCAAAGAUGUUUUAAUCCCAUGGAUCAUCACAUCAUCCAAGAAAUCAAGUACUACAAGAAGGAUAUCGAAGAUCGACACAUGUGGACGAGGGAGAGCUCCAAGGCGAGACAAGAAACGAAGAUCGGAUUCACGGCAAGAGUGGAAGCCAAGAUUAGACAAUUGAAAGGGAGGCUGCAGAAGAAGCAAUCUGCAUUGGGGGUUCCAUCACCAACUUACACAUAAUAAUAUAUAAUUUUAAUAGUUUUUCAAUUCUUUUCAGGCUCUGCGGGGUUGGGUUCUUUAGUUUUUGCUCUUAGCCUCAUUCAAAUUCUUUACAUGUUUGCAUUGUUUGCUUCAAGGGGGGAAUGGAGCCGUUUUGUAUGUAACAUAUUUAUGUAGAAGAAACAGUCAACAUGUUAGUGAAUUGCAUUCUGAGUGAUCAACCUGUAAUUCUCCCCAAAUGUUUCAAGUCGUCUUGAAGAAAUGAAGCUAAGUAGUGAUCCAUUAUGGCAGAGUAAAUUUAGGAAUAUAUUAGGUCCAACAUAUUAAUGUACCAAAAUGUACUCCCUUCUCAUCUAAUCUAAUUCUUAUUCUUAUA